UGUUGCAUUGACGCCCUCUAGUGUUUUAACUGAUAAAGACAUGCUGUGGAAAUCAGAGGACGACGUCGUCUCUAGAAUCUUGAUAGUCCUUACUCUUCAGUGAUAUCGGAUGAAUGACAUGGAAAGAUGUUUCGAUAUCUUCUUUCACGUUGCAUCAAAUUUGGAAGCAAUCAUUGCCAUAUGCUGUCCAAGAGUAAUAACUUCACAAGACCAAUAAAACUAUUUCAAAAACGUGAUGUAUACCGACUACAAAGUUUUGUAUAUGUACAUGGGGGAGUCUUGAGAAGGAAUGAGACCAACAGCUUUUUUAAUGACAAGUCUUCUCAUGAUCAAGAUAGGUUGGAUGAUACUGAGGACGGGGAUAUAAAAGAAAAGACACGUAAGGAAAUUUCAGAACUUCUAGCUAUAGGAUGGCAAGCUCCAGAGAAGAUUUCUGAUCCAGAUAUUGAACAUUUCUUGACUCUCACCUCAAAAAAAGGUCGGAAGAAAUUUUUGAGGUUUCUGUUCAAGAAAGAAAUGUUGAAGAAGAAAGAUAAGAUGAAAAGGGAAGAGAAAGCAAGACAAAGAGCUUUGGUUAAAGAAACACAGGAUUCUGAUGAAGACAGUGAUGUUUUUCCGAAUCGCUUCUUCCUUCGCAUACAAAAUAACACAAUCAUGCAGUUUGAAAAGUGGAGACUUGCUGCUGGUAUGAAAUUUGGCCCUAAGAUAGCAUUUGAUUUCAGCUAUGAAAACUUGAUGAGAAAACAGGAGGUAAUCAGUCUUGUUCAGCAGCUCAUGCAUGUAAUGAAUGCUAAUAAACGCGCAAAGGACCCAUUUGAUAUUCAUUGGGUUGGCUUAACGUCAGAAACCCAGUCGUUACAUGAACUGAAUCGUUUACAUGGAGUUGCGAUGGAACACAUUAUGGUGAACCAUACUGAAAAGGAUCUCUUGGAGGUCUUUCCAAAAAAGGACAUCAUAUAUCUUAGUGCAGAUUCUCCAAAUGUCAUGAAGUCCUAUGAUAGUGACAAGGUGUAUGUAAUUGGAGCAUUGGUGGACAGAAAUAUUAUAUAUACGGGACAAUCCUUAGCUAGAGCAAAGAGAUUUGGUUUAGAGCAUGCCCGACUUCCAUUGGACAGGCAUCUUCAGUGGACAACAGGAGCCAAGAACCUGACCCUCGAUCAGAUGAUAAAGAUCAUGAUUGAGAUGAAUACAUCAGGUGAUUGGGUCAAAGCAUUGCAGCAUGUUCCAGUGAGAAAGCAUGCUGGCCUUCGUUCAGGUCCACAUUGGGAUCAAGACCAGGAGAGCAAGCAUCAAGAGAAAUUCAAAAGUAAUGACAGCAUUCAGAGGAAUCCAUCGCAUUUUGUGGCUAGUCGAACAAAGCAAAUUAAGGGUUCAUCAAAAAGAUCUGGUGUUGGAAAGAGACAAAAAAAUCUUGAAGUGGAUGAUGACACCGAUAGUACACUCUUUAGUUCAAGCUCUGGUGCCAAGGGCUGGUUUAGUGGGGAUCAUUAAUUUGUGCAGAUAGUAAUUAUGACAUAAAUCUAAAUAAUUAACAUUUAUUGCAGGUUGUUAAUUUGCAACAUAGGAUAGUUUCUAUUUAUGUAAUCAUUUGCUUGAAAACGCAUGAAAAGCUGCAAUUUUGACAUUUAUCAACAGGUUUUAUGGUAUUUGGUCAUGAAAUGAUGAAAUUAGUCAGAAAUAUCUGGGGUUAGUGAUGGAAAAAAAAUAUUCAAGUAUACAGGGGAUUAUAUGUAUUUGAAUCUAUCCAAAUCUAUUCUAUUUCAGGUUUCAUUUUGUACAAUGAAAUAUGGAUUUUCAUUUUCAUUUGUUCUAUUUAUGUGCUCAGUAUUUGUACCCACCUAAUUUUAAUCCCAACUGUCUGCUUCACUAAAGUGCUAUUAGUCUGAUCACUUUGGGUCAAAUUUGUCACUUGUUUAUGAGUGCACGUACCCACAAAUUAACAUAGAGUAUUCAAAUCAGUGUUAUAAUUCCAGAGUGCAGAGUAAGCAUUGCACCAAUUUGUGUAGGGUCCGGUUGAGUUUACAAGCGGGUAUGACCCUAUUCAGAUUCCUCUGGAUGAGCAUUUAUUGUUCACAUAGCAGGCACAUGGCCAGUAUGGUUAUACAUUGAAACAUAGUCUGAUUAGUGGUG